GCUGCCAGCUGGCGAAGUUAGUUACAGCUCAAUGCAUUGUAUAUAAACCAAAUCACUCCUCAAAAUAUUUUCAAAUUUCAACCUUCUUCAUCUCUCUCUUUCAGAAUUUGGAUUCAAGUUUCAUUCAACCGAUCACUCUUCUAGAAUUUGGUGUUGCGAAUUUACUAGGACUAUCAUUAUGGAGCCAAGUUCUGAUAACACGAAUAGGCCUGUGAAGACUACUUCUGAUAACACGAGUAGGACUGUGAUGGCAAGUGCUGAUAGCACGAGUGGGUCUGUGAAAGCUAGUUCUGAUGCUGAAGACAUAGUAACUGGAGGAAAGAAUAAUGAAGCCGCGAAUGAAAUGAAAUGUGACUGGGCAAAGAUAUUGACAUCCGAAAAGUACUCUGGGGUGUUCGCAGGCAGAACAGCUGAUGAGUUGAGGGAUAAAUACAAAAACAUGGAAAAGGAUAAAUAUGAACAGAUGCUAAAAGAUACAAAAAAGAAACAACAGAUGGAAGGAAGCUCGAGAGAUUGCAUGAUGUUGCUCGAUAAUGGAAAAAACAAUAUGCUGGAAGCUGUGCUUGUUCGGAAUGAGUUGCUGAGAAAGACUUUAGAUACAAUGGACAUUGCGGUUAAUAUCAUGCAAGCAGAGGAAGAAGAAAAGGAAGAAUAGAUAUAUUUUUUUGGUAACAUUUGCUUGCAACUGUGUUUAAAUCGACUCGUUGAACAUACCUGUAGCUACUAUAUAAUAUUGGUGCGACAAAUGAGUGUAAGCAAACAUUGCAUCAUCUGUUUUUUUUUUCUUUCUUUUUUGUGGAAAAGAGCCUAAAUCACUAGUUACCUUUCAAAUUGGCUGGAAAAAAAAUGAUAGCGAGUCAUUUCCUAUGUCCUACUUACAUAACUGGUACCUACCUUCUUUAUGUGAAACACUUUGCAACCUUGAAUUGAAA